UUCGGUGAAAACCGUCAUCUCGGCAAUGUCCGUCAUGACGCAUGCGUAUUUAUGGAAAAAGGCCUGAAAUCAGAAUAAGUUUUAACGUAUUCCCAGGAAAAGUGCAAGUGAAGAACUGAACCUAUCGUGAAAACUAAAAUUCAUCAGUAACCCGUAUAAACUAGUCAGGCGUAUUUCAACGCGUCAAAUCAUUCCACACAAUUUUUAAAGUGUCUUUUAUAACCUGUCGAUUGAAUAUUAUCUUAAACAUCGCCAUCGCAACGUCGAUUUUUUUUUCUCAAGGAGGAAUUCUUGUUUGUCGAGGAGAAUUUUGCGAUUGAGUUGUGAGGAUGUCGAAACCAGAGCAGAUUUUAAUAAUCGAGCCACAGAGCGAGCUGAGAUUCAGGGGCCCAUUUACAGGUUUCCCUGUUACGUCAUACAUAAAGCUAAUCAACCCCAGAAAUCAAAAAGUCUACUUUAAAAUAAAAACGACUGCCCCAAAGAGGUACUGCGUCAGACCGAACAGUGGGAUCCUGAAGGCAAAAGAAGUCACGAAAAUAGCAGUCUGCUUACAGCCCUAUGAAUUUGUCGCAUCAGAGAAGAAUAAGCAUAAGUUUAUGGUACAGACAGUUGUUGCACCCGAGGGAGACGAUGACGACUUCGUUAAUGAUGUUUGGAAGGAUGUUGAUCCCAGCCAGAUCAUGGAUUACAAACUAAAAUGUGUAUUCGAAAAUCCGGUGAGCAACUCAGCAGACGAGGAUGCUGCAACAACAGCAAAUUCUGCCGGAGCUGAUUCCAAUGUAACUGACGGAAAGAACAAGUCCAGUGGGGACACAGCAAAAUCAUCAGCGCAGCCAAUGGAUGAGUUAGAGGAGGAAUUGCAUAGCGCAGAGCAGGAGAUCAUACAGUUGAGGGUAUCAGAGAGCAGUUUGAGGCAAGAAUGCCUUCAAUUGAAGGAAGAAGUCCUGAAAUAUCGAAGCACGAUGGAGAAAGGUGCAAACGUAACGGCAGGCCGUCUGACAUCCGGUCAUCUGGAGCGCAACACUCCACCGCUGCCACUCACAUCAACCACAGUAAUAAUCUCAGUCGUAAUGGUCAUAGUCGGUUAUUUACUAGGAAAAUUAAUCUGAGCAGUUAAUCUGUCGAUUGUUCCAAAUAAUGAGGCCCCUCAGCACUCCCCUAUAUCUCAUUUAUUUAGCCUUCUCUCCCGAAACGCCACUCCAAUCGCCAUCACUUAUUAAAACGCAAGUUAACUUCUGAGUUUGUCCUCUCAAUGUGCAUUAACAAUAAAAAUUCAACAAAAUUCAAUAAUUCCAAAUAUUAUUUUUAUUUUUUAUCGUUCAUCGUAGCUCAAUAAUGCAUUGACUAGCUGUUCAAUAGUGAAGUGGUGGAGUUAAAAAACAUCAAUUUGCGGUCAAUCAAUUUUUCAUUGAAUUUUCGUUAAAGUUUCCUGUUUAAAUAUUACAAUUGUCGUCCACCAUUUCGCUGAUGAGCAAUUACAGGUCAGAAUGGGAUAUUAAUUUCUCUCGAAUAAUCUCACAUUUUGUAUUCAUGAUGAGGGAUGGGAAGGUACUUACAAAUUCUGUUAAAUACUUAAUAAAUAAAAAAGGUUAAGACAUUUAGCGACGAUUUGGAAAUUUUUAGUCGAACGUUCUCUUCGCUUACUGGAUCGUCUAUAUAAGUAAUAAAUAAAAUAGAAUGUGUCGCUAAUGAGAGUUAUUAAAUUGAAUGAUUAACGAGUAAUUAAUGACUUUAAUGGAUAAUGAAGAACUGUUAACGAUUGAUUGAUAUUAAAAGAAAAUGUCGUUUAGGGAGUGUUGGAGAUUAUGUUGGGGGGAAUUGAUAGGUAUCCGGGGUUCUGUGUUUUAACAUGUCAGGAGUGAGAGUAAUAAAUACCCCGUAAUUAUUCUGUUUGGUUUUUUUUAUUAUAUUUCUCCGUGGUCAAGUGGAUUAAGGAGAUGUGCGAUCAAAUUUUAACGAGAAGUGGAAUUAUCUGGGGGGUUACAUGAAUUAUUGAUGAACCAUUGGUUUGCUGGGGAAAUUUCCGGUCGGUAUGUUCGAACAUUUUCUUCAGGAUUUAAUCCUGAGGAAAUGGAAUUUUUUUUUUGAUUAGACUAUAAGGUUUAUGCAGGCUUUCGUUAUUGAUUAUUAAUGCAGCUGCGAAGAGUGAAAAUCGAUUUAUUCUAGUCUUGUCUUUGAAGAAUAUUUCUGAAUCUUAAUGAGAUCACGAAAUUUUACUCAUGACUUUUUUUGCAGAGUGGAAUGAGCGCCACAAAAAAGUCUACGAAGAUUUUAUUAUUUCUAUCAGAUUCGGAGAUAUUUCUCAAAAGUGGACUUAUGUCAAUCGAGGUUUAUCUCUUGGUGUUUGAUUUUUUUUUGGGGAAUGUAAAGGAAUAUUUUCCUUCUCUGACGUUUUCUCUGGAAUGACUAGUUUCUGGGGCAAUUGAUAUUUAUCAAUUGAAAAUUAUCCUGGGUCGAAUGCCAAUAAUCGUCCUCAUUCCACUUUUCCACUGAAUCAUUAAGGUAUUGUACAUAAAUACAGAUGAAUUUGGGGGAAGAGAUAUUGAGAGAAAAUCGAUAAAAAUGUCUUCGUAAUGCGAGAGGGGUGGCUAGGGAUGGUGGACAUGCUAGUGGUACAUUAGUCAGAUUAAGGGAAAUAAUUGAUGAAAAAUUUAUACUGAAAAAAAACUUGUUUUUUCUUAUUUUUGGCAAUGACGCACUGUUCCUCCAUUAAAAUUUCAAGCAUUGAAUUUAUAAACGCAUGAGUGUAAGUUUUAUUUAUUUAUGUUGGUCUCAUGGUUUGAGAGUUAUUCAUUGAUCAAAAGAAUAAACAAUGUCUAAUAAUAA